AUGUCCUAUGAUCGUUAUGUGGCUAUUUGCAGCCCGCUUCAGUACCCAGCAAUUAUGACCAGCUCACUGUGUGUGCGUCUUGUUAUCCUCUCCUGGGUGGGUGGUUUUCUCCUCAUUCUCCCGUCCACUGUCCUUAAGGUGGGGCUGCCAUACUGUGGCCCCAAUGUGAUUGAUCACUUUUUCUGUGACAGUGCCCCCCUCCUCCACUUGGCCUGUGCUGACAUCCACAUCAUUGAGCUGUUAGACUUCCUCAGCUCCCUUGUCCUGCUCAUCAGCUCCCUCUCACUCACUGUGGUCUCCUAUGUUUAUGUCAUCUCCACCAUUCUGAAGAUACCCUCAGGUCAAGGUCAACGCAAAGCCUUUGCUACAUGUGUCUCUCACUUCAUUGUGGUCUCCAUGGGCUAUGGGAUCUCCAUUUUUGUGUAUGUCCACCUCUCCCAGAAGAGCAGCUUACAUCUCAACAAGAUCCUCUUUAUCCUCUCUAGUGUUCUCACACCCCUCCUGAAUCCCUUCAUCUUCGGUCUACGGAAUGAAACCAUGAAAGAUGCUCUGAAGGACAGCUUGGCCAAGGACCGGAACUUCCUCAAGGGGAUGAGGUCCAAGUGA